GAAUCAAGCGUGCCAAGCACAGGUGGCAGUGAGUCACAAUGCAUCAAUGCCAUGUUUUUGUGUGAAGAGUGGAUGUCUUCCAAGGGAGGUUUGCCUACUUUUAACAGAGAAUUUGCAAUAAGUUUAGCCAAAAUAUCAAAUGACGAGAUGAAAGUCCAUUGCUAUGUUUCUCAAAGCAGUGAAUCAGAUAGAGAAGAUGCUAGAAAAUACAAUGUAAAUUUAAUCACUGCAACAAGCAUACCUGGAACCUCGGAUCCCCUGGAUUGGCUUAGGGUUCCUCCACCAGAACUUUCACAUCCUGAUAUUGUGAUUGGUCAUGGCAGGAAGUUUGGCAUCCCUGCUUACUGCAUUGUGAAAACUACAAACUGCAAAUGGGUGCAAUUUGUGCAUGUGUUUUGUGAAGAUCUUGGAAAAUUUAAACAAGCAGAUGCAAAAAACACUGAUACAAUUGAAGAAAAUGAAAAGAAGCAUAAGAGGGAAAUUGAACUCUGCAAAGCAGCCGAUGCUGUGGUUGCUGUGGGAACACGUUUACAGCUAAAGUACAGUAGAAGUCUCCCAGACAGGGAGGUUCAUGUCAUUACACCUGGAAUUUUUGAAAAAUUUACUGGCCUCUCAGAGCAAAAGGUUGGAAAAGUUACAAAUGAUCAAGAUGAGUUCCACAUCUUUGUCUUUGGCAGAGGAACUUUUGAGGACCUUUCUCUGAAAGGUUAUGAUGUUAUUGCUGAUGCAGUAGGUUCUCUUGGAGAGAAAUUUAAGAUGACAUUUGUUGGUUCACCUGAAGGACAGCACAGAAAAAUAGAGGAGUGGUUACUACAGACAACAAGAAUAACACGUGAUCAAGUGACUAUUCGUGGAUACUGCGAUCAAGAAGAGCUGAAGACAAUGUUUCUCGAAGCAGACUUAGUCGCUCUUCCGUCUCGCACUGAAGGCUUUGGAUUGGUUGCCCUUGAAGCUAUUUCUGCAGGGGUUCCUGUUCUUGUUACUAGUAAAUCUGGCAUUGCCAAAGCUUUGGAGAAAGUGGAAGGUGGGCAUUUGGCAGUUGUAAAAUCAGGAAGCCCAGAAGAGUGGCUCCAGAAGAUAACACAGCUCUCCACGCAGAAUCCAGAAGAGAGAUGUGAUGGUGCCGUUCAUCUCAGAGAAGAGUACCGCAAGAUUUACUCUUGGGACACUCAGUGUGCAAAAUUCAAAGAAAUUGUGCAAGGUCUAACUGACAGGCCAGCAAGUGCAGCUGCAGUUGGAUCAAAUGGUAGGCAAUGUGAAAGGAUGUUUUUACAGUUUAACUACAGCAUUGUAACCAAGGCCACCUUUACAAAAUUUACCAAUUGGAUUACGGGACCGUCGCUACUCUUUCAAGUUGCCGGGUAAAUGCAAUCAGCAGGCAGGGAAUUGUCUAGCUUGGUAGUUCUUGGAUCAAUUUACUGUAGGUUUCUGAAAACUGUGCCCACCUACCGCUCCCCUGAGUCAACAUUAACACUUACUUCUCACUUAGGGUAAAAUGUUGGGUUAGGGGAGGGGUAAGUGGGCAGUUUCGUAGAAACCUAAAUUAAUCCAAGUUUUUUGGGUUCUAUUUUCCUUUUGUUUCCUGUGAGAGUAGCCAGAACCCACGUUCAUAGUAGCCAGGGAAAAUUCCCGGCCCCCAGCUCUUAGUGACAGCCCUACGAUUACAGGAACAUGAUAAUGCAUUCUGAGGAAGUAGUUUUUGGAGCUAAUCAGCUGCUCGUAAGAAAACAAAAAGCCAGGUCAACCACAAAAAUAAUGUCAAUAUUAAUAGCGGAAGUUUAAUUUCCAAGAAAGCAAAAUUUGUCACAAAACAAUGUUUUCUAUGUUUGUGACUUUAAAUAUUACGCUCACGAUUCAUAUUUAUUUGUCACAAUCAUAUUUCCUGGCUAACAUUGCUGCUUAAAAAUUAAAGCAAUGUUUACGUUUUUCGCUACUAUCUAUCACUCUUAUGAAAUAAUUACCAGGUUCUCUUCAGCAGGUCACGUGUUAAGCUUGUAAUAAUUGGUAAAUUUCAAUUUGUUUCUUUCGUUUGUUGACAACCACCUAGAGUUCUUGGAAACCGAUUGGUCAAUUUUGUCUAGGUGGCCUCGCAUGCAGUAGUUGCAGUGUAAUCGUAUCCUUUGUGUUCCUCCAGUUUAAUAUACAUUUACACUGUAUGUGCAGGUUCUCAAAAUGGGUAACUGUUAGUCCUUGUUAAAAACUCUUUUGAUUAGGCUCAGAACGUUAAAAAUGAAAAAUGCAGGUAUUAGUAAUUUUAUAUUAAUUAAUUUAUUUGCGAUUGCAUUUGGUCUUAUUUUGAAACUAAUAAAACAAUGAACACCAGAAAAAUUUUAAGAAUGUUCGUUGUGUUAUGACCAAUCACAGCAAUGAUCAGGACAAUGCGGCAUGUGAGCAAGCCAGUAAACCGUGAACUAAUUACCUUUGCUGCGUGGGAUUUAGUUUUCCCAUGGCCAAUAGGCUUCUCCCUUUACAAAACAAUAACGUUCCAGAAAUACUUCUGGUGUUGAUGCUUUUGUGAGUUUCACUGUAAUAGCAAACAACUUUUUAAAAUUGUAACAAUAUUCAGUGACAAACUAGCUUGUUGGCUGAAUGAAAGCUCUGGGUGGGGCCAGCUGGGCUAAGCCAAUAACUAUUAGGAUAUGAGGGAAUUGUUAGAUUUUACUUCGUAAGGUCUUCUUUUUAUUGUUUUACUGAGGCCUUUGUUAUAAUUAUGGUUUAUUGAUAUAAAAUUAAACAAAAUAAUUGGCCAUGGAUGAAUGCAAAAAUAGCAGUAAAGAGGUCAGAAUAUUUCUGGUACCUGGUCCAUAAACAAAUAAACUAACUACUUGCACGAUAGUUUGGUUUGCUAGCUCGGUAUGUAAUACUGAGUCACUUGCUGUGUAACUUUGAAUUGUAAUGUGAAUUGGACUGUCAUCCUGUACUGUUUUACAAUUUAUUGUCAUUUUAAUUGUAUGAAUGGUUCUGUUGUUUAGAUUCAGCAACAUUGGCUCCAGGUGGCACAUGGAAAGGCUUAAAGCAGUUGCCUUCUUUUUCUCUUGAUUCAGUGAAAUCCAUGACAACUGUUCCAAAUUUGGAAGCUGGUAAGACUGCAGACAACGACAACAGUGGGGAGGAGUGCCAACCAGCUGAAAUUAAGGACCGGAAUUUGCUACACAGUGCAGCUGAGGGUGGUGAUGUAUCAAUCAUCGAAAUGAUGCUUUCCCUGGGGUUUGAUGUUAACUCAAAAGAUAGUUUAGGCGGAACGCCAUUGUAUCUCGCUGCUGGUAACGGCAAGAAACAAGCUGUAGAUUUCCUCCUCACCAAAGGUGCAGAUCCAUCCCUAAAAACCGUGACGGAAAGAAAUUUACUUUUUGCUGCUGCUAUAGGUGGUGACGUCUCCAUUGUGGAGACAGUGCUUUCACUUGACAUUGGUAUGGACAUAGAUUCACGAGAUUAUGACGGUCGCACACCAUUAAUGUGCGCUGCAGCAGUGGCCAAGGUACAGGCUGUAAAUUAUCUUCUUGACAAAGGUGCCGAUCCAACGCUGAUAACCAAUAGCGGUUGGAGCCUCUUGCAUUGUGCUUGUCAAGGUGGCGAUACUACCAUCAUUAAAAAAAUCCUCUCAUGCGGACUUGAUGUUAAUAUUAUAGAUACGUCUGGAGAGUUGACACCUUUGAAUGCUGCUAUUGCGUACAACAACCUGGAGGCCGUAAAGUUUCUUCUUAAAGAGGGGGCUGAUCCGGGCAUUUUACCAGUCAGCUCAUUGCACCUUGCUGCUGUACACUCCCUAUCUACAAGUCACAUUGUUUCCAUAAUUGAGGCCAUACUUGCCAGUGGAUUCAACAUCAACAGGCGAACCGAUACAGGUAAGACAGCUUUAAUGUACGCAGCUUGCAAAGUGAAGCCUGAAGUUGUAGACUUUCUUCUUCUGAAGGGUGCAGAUCCAUCUCUGAGAGAUAAUUCUGGGAAGACUGUUUUGCACCAUGCUGCACGAGAAGGUGACAUCACUGUUAUUGAAAAGUGUCUUUCAUGUGGACUUGACAUUGAAUCUAAAGACCGUGAGGGUUACACACCCCUAAUGCUUGCAGCAUCUGGUGGUAAAACUGAAGCUGUGAAAUUCCUUCUACAGAGAAGUUUAAACAACCAGGAAGUCUAA